AUGCUGCGAGCUGUCUGUGAGGUUAGCGAUGCGAGCGGAACGUACGGCCUGACAUCAAUGUGCACCUUCGCGGACCGCAUCAUGAAGUUGGUGGAAGAGGAGCAGAAGCUGACCAAGACUUCCCAGACGGAGACACCUGUCGUCUUGUGGAUCACUGAGGUCUUCAAGGAUGACACGCAGAUCAUGACAACCAAAAGCGGCCUCGUCGCCGCCCUUUCAGCGGCCCCGCCGCCUCCUCUCGCCAGCCCCGCCGCCUCCUCUCCGCGGCCCCGCCGCCUCCUCUCGGCGGCCCCGCCGCCUCCUCUCCGCGCCCCCGCCGCCUUCUCUCGGCGGCCUAGCCGCCUCCUCUCAGCGGCCCCGGACGCCGCCCUCUCAGCGGCCCUUGCGCCACCUCCUUUGCGGCCCCGCCGAGCCGCCCAGCAGCAGAGCCGCCGAGCUGCCCAGCAGCCGAGCCCCCGAGCCGCCCAGCCGUCGAGCCGCCCAGCAGCCGAGCCGCCCAGCCACCGAGCCGCCCAGCCGCCGAGCCGCCCAGCAGCCAAGCCGCUGAGCCGCCCAGCGCCCGAGCCGCCGAGCCGCCCUGCAGCCGAGCCGCCGAGCCGCCCAGCAGCCGAGCCGCCGAGCCGCCGAGCAGCCGAGCCGCCGAGACGCCCAGCAGCCGAGCCGCCGAGCCGCCCAACAGCCGAGCCGCCAAGCCGCCCAGCUGCCAGGCCGCCUACCGCCCAGGUGCCGAGCCGCCGAGUCGCCCUGCAGCCGAGCCGCCCGAGCCGCCCUGUCUGGGCGGACGGACUCUCUCUCUUUGACCUCACCUCUGGUGCCUCUCCUGCCCCUGCUGCUGAUGCUGACGCCACUGUCCGCUCACAGUGGGCCACGCGCGAUGCUGCUGCACGUCUUGGUGUGCGUCACCACCUGCCUACCUCUGAGCGUGCGCAAUUUGGCCAGUACAAGAGUGCUCAGACCUUGUACGACGCUGUAGUUGCACGCUACUCCUCCUCUGCCACUGCUGCUCUGAGCCGCCUCAUGCUACCGUACCUCUUCCCUGACCUUGCUACCUUUCCUACAGUCGCUGACCUCAUUACGCACCUCCGCACUAGUGACACUCGCUACCGCGCUGCGCUUCCUGCUGAGUUCUGCGCCAAGAACCCCCCCCCCAUGUACAUCACUCUCUAUUAUAUAGUCACCCGCCUCCCUGACUCCCUUUGCGUAGUCAGGUACCACUUUCUCUCAGUCUGUCCCACCACUCUCACUGUUGACCUCCUCGAGAAGUCCCUCCUAGCAGCGGAGAAGAGCAUAGUCGUUGUAGGAGCCUCUCGUGGUGACCCGCGCACCCCCAUCUUUGAGGGGUGUUCCCCCUCCCCCCUUUUGCCCUCUGUUGCCUCUGCUGCUGCGGCCGACCUCGUUGGGCUUGAGUCGGUCGGUGCGGCGUCUACCCCUAGUGGGAGACGCCGCUCUAGCAAGGGCAAGGGGGGCAGGGGCGCUGGAGGAGCUAGCGGGGGCGGUGGAGGCGGCGGUGGAGGCGGCGGAGGGAGUGGGGGUGGCGGUGGGGGUGGUGGCGGGGGUGGAGGUGUCGGUGGCGGCAGUGGAGGCGGAGGCGGCGGCGGUGGCGGUGGGAGUGGAGGUGGUGGAGGUGGCGGAGGUGGAGGAGGCGGUGGCGGAGGAGGAGGAGGUCGUGUCUCUUCGCAGAGGAGUGGCUCCGGUGGUGGUCAGCACCAGCAGCAGCAGCGCAGUCGGGAGACCCUGUCCCCUCAGCAGCUCCGUGAGUGGUACGCUGCACGCCAGCGGGGUGGGGGUACUGGUCCAUGCACCUACGUCCUGCGCAUCGGCGACCGUGCGGGUGAGUAG